UCUUUUUUAGAGAGCAAAGGUCUAAAAAAAUACUUCCUUUCUGUGUUGCUUGUGUUUGUGGCCCACAUCUGAUCAUCUCAGAGGCAGACAUUGAAACAGGAUCAAUACGGAUGUAAUCACACCACACCUGAAGCAACGAGGAGUCCUUUUUAAUGAGAUAUUGUGAAGAAUAGACUUUACUACCUUACUGCAGACGCAACAUUACGAACUCAGUUGACUAUACAGGAAAAUGGUCAGGAAGUCCCUGGUGGCUGGCCUGGUGGUUUUGCUGGUGGCUGCAGUAGGAGUGUUCGUGGGGGUGUGCAUAUGGGUGGGAAACAAGAACCCCAUCUCACCCUCAGACCAUUUCUACUCAAAAGCUGCCGUGGCUACAGAUGCUGGGAUAUGCUCUGAGGUGGGGAGGGACAUCCUGAAGAGGAACGGCUCAGCGGUGGAUGCAUCUAUCGCCGCCCUGCUGUGUGUUGGCCUCCUGAACGCUCACAACAUGGGCAUUGGAGGGGGUCUCUUCUUCAACAUCUACAACGCUUCCACAGGGAAGGUAGAAACCAUUGACGCGAGGGAGACAGCACCCAUGAACGCGACAGAAGACAUGUUUGGCCAUAACACCCAGCUUUCUCGGAAAGGUGGAUUGUCUAUAGCCAUUCCAGGGGAGAUCCGUGGUUACGAGAUGGCACACAGGAGACACGGCAGGCUGCCAUGGAAGGAGCUGUUUGAGCCAAGCAUUAAGUUGGCACGCGUAGGUUUCCGUAUCGGCAAAGCCCUGGCCAAGGCCAUCGCCAGCAACAAGGAUGCUAUUCAAGGAGAUGCCAAUAUGUGCGAAGUGUUCUGUGACUCCCAGAAAAACAUCCUGAAGGAAAAUGAUAUCAUUAAAUUUCCCAAACUAGCAGACACCUACAAGAGGAUAGCGGAGGAAGGACCUGAUGUUUUUUACAAUGGGACAAUGGCACAGACAAUUGUUGAUGACAUCCAGGCAGCAGGUGGGAUUAUCACCAGGGAGGACCUGUUGGACUACUGGCCUGUGUUGAAUGAGAACCCACUGAAGCUGACCGUGGGCGAGUACACCAUGCACGUCCCAGACGCCCCCUCCAGCGGCCCAGUCCUGGCACUCAUACUCAACAUAGUGGACGGGUAUAACUUCACUGGCACAAGUGUUUCAACGGCCGAGAAAAGGACUCUGACGUAUCACCGCAUCGUGGAAGCUUUCCGGUUUGCUUAUGCCAAGAGGAGCAAACUAGGGGAUCCACGCUAUCUCAAUAUCACUGAUCUCAUCUACAACAUGACCUCAGACUACUUUGCUGACGGGAUCAGGAGCAAGAUCACAGAUGACACCACUCAUCACCACAGCUACUAUGAGCAAGAUUAUUUUGUCCCAGACAAUCAUGGGACAACACACCUGUCUGUCAUAGCUGAGGAUGGAAGUGCUGUGGCUGCCACCAGCACAAUCAAUCAAUAUUUUGGCUCAAAAGUCAUGUCCCGAUCAACUGGCAUCAUUUUCAAUGAUGAGAUGGAUGACUUUAGCUCUCCAUACAUCACCAACGGCUUUGGAAUCCCUCCAUCUCCUAACAACUUCAUCCAGCCUGGUAAAAGGCCUCUCUCUUCUAUGUGCCCAACUAUUAUCUCUGACAAAGAUAAUAGAGUGAAAAUGGUGGUGGGAGCCUCUGGUGGAACAAAGAUCACCACAGCAACUGCCCUAGUGAUUCUGAAUACCUUGUUCUUUGACUAUGACCUCAAAAAAGCUGUGACACUACCUCGAAUUCACAAUCAACUCAACCCAAAUAUGACUGUAGUGGAGUACGACUUUGAAAAGAGUGUAUUAGAUGGCCUGGAAAAGAAGAACCAUGUAACAGAGCUGCUGAUGACUCCUGAUUCAGUGGUUCAGGCGGUGGUGAGACAGGGGGAGCGGCUCUGUGCCGAGUCCGACUCCAGGAAAGGGGGCUAUCCAGCGGGCUACUGAGUCUUACCUCAAAUCAAAUCAAAUCAAAUGUAUUUAUAUAGCCCUUCGUACAUCAGCUGAUAUCUCAAAGUGCUGUUCAGAAACCCAGCCUAAAACCCCAAACAGCAAGCAAUGCAGGUGUAGAAGCAACUACAGCUUAUAGUUGAUGAUGAACUUACUUCCAUAGAUUGCUCAAAUGCACAGCAUGUGCUCCCUUGUGAAUUUAACAGCAGCUCACCCAUAGAUAUCGGGUUCCAAAUAGUAGGAUUAUAUUUCUAUGCGCUUACCAUUGUCUAUUAUUGCUGCAUACUGUUCUGAACCCCUGAUGGCCCCUGUGACUAGGGAAUCAUCAAAUCAAAUCACAUUUAUUUAUAUAGCCCUUCGUACAUCAGCUGAUAUCUCAAAGUGCUGUACAGAAACCCAGCCUAAAACCCCAAACAGCAAGCAAUGCAGGUGUAGAAGCUAGGUGGCUAGGAAAAACUCCCUAGAAAGGCCAAAACCUAGGAAGAAACCUAGAGAGGAACCAGGCUAUGUGGGGUGGCCAGUCCUCUUCUGGCUGUGCCGGGUGGAGAUUAUAACAGAACAUGGCCAAGAUGUUCAAAUGUUCAUAAAUGACCAGCAUGGUCGAAUAAUAAUAAGGCAGAACAGUUGAAACUGGAGCAGCAGCACAGUCAGGUGGAAGUUGAAACUGGAGCAGCAGCAUGGCCAGGUGGACUGGGGACAGCAAGGAGUCAUCAUGUCACCUCACCUCUUCCUUCCCAAACCUGGAGUGUACCUCCAUAAAAAGGCAGGGAUAGAGCUAAGUAUCUGGAAAGACACGAAAACAAUGCCUCCUCAAGGUGACACAGCCACUCGCUUUCUUCAGCUGAAAUUCAUUUCAAGACGUGGAAAAUGACUUUACUCCACAUCAAUACCUCCUCCCUUCACACCAAAUAAUCUGCGGCAUUUCUGCUUUUAUUUCAGCAUUACUCAUUAUUUAUUUUUGUGUUUUGAAAAAGAAGUGAGGUUGCAACUCUGAAAGUGGCAUUUUUUAAAUCCUAGCUGUAUCAAGAGAUCAUCAUUAUCAAUUAUCCUGAAGAUGGAAGUUUAUUAAUGCAAUGCAGUGGGGUAGCAGAAAGCUGGACUGCAACUUUAGUUUCCUGCUGGAUGUAAAUACCAAUGGGCCAGAACUUUAUGGACGCCAUGAAUCUUCUGAUAUACAUUAUGAAAUAGUUUGCCUAGGAAGUAUUAGCCAACAUAUUAGUCAAUUACUCUGUGAUGAUGAGCGAUCAUUCUGUUUGACAGAAAAAGAGCCAUUUAUCUGAGAUUUAAGGAAAGCAAUGUUUUAGGGGAGAAUAUGAACACCAAUAUGGAAGGUUGUCAAAGUAGUUUGUCUGACCAUUGAACAAAUCAAAUGUAGAGACAUGACUGUUUUAUCUCUCCAUCAAGGAAAAAUGGUCUGUAUGUUUUAACCUCAGGCCUUAACCUCAGGUCUUAACUGGUCAGGUUGCUAUAUCUGUUGGUGCUUUAUGGGUUGGCUAAAUCACAAACAUAUCUGGCAACCAGGCUACAGGUCUACCUGCCUUAUGAAGAUGUUGGUCACAGGUAGCUACAUUUUUCCUUUCAUGAGGAAGCAUAUUCUGAUCUGUUAACUGAAAACUGUGAUUUCUGUUUUUCUGAUUUCAUCUCAACUCUGACCGUUGCCCAUGGGGGCCUAUUGUUAACAAAGGCUCAAAUAUGGCUGCCAUUUAACUAUUCAAAUGGUACUUUUACAUUUUUUGUGAUGCAGAAUGUUGAGAAAAAUACAAAUUGUUCAUGUUUAAUAUGGAGUAAGACCAUAGCAGUACAGUGAAUGUAUAGUGUAUUUUACAUUUGCAGAUAUAUAUUUUUAAACAUGCAUUGUUCAAAUGCCAUGCUUGUUAUUAAAAUGUUUAAAAUGAGAUAUA